AUGGCUAUAAAGACGCCGACGCCGGCGGACGGCGAGCGCGAGACAUGGGGCAAGAAGGUGGACUUCCUGCUGUCGGUCAUCGGGUUCGCCGUGGACCUAGCCAACGUGUGGCGCUUCCCCUACCUCUGCUACAAGAACGGCGGCGGAGCGUUCCUUGUGCCAUACUGCAUAAUGUUGGUGGUGGGUGGGAUUCCGCUGUUCUAUAUGGAAUUGGCGCUGGGACAAUUUCAUCGAAAAGGCGCUAUCACGUGCUGGGGCAGGCUGGUGCCAUUGUUUAAAGGGAUCGGUUACGCGGUAGUGUUAAUAGCCUUCUACGUGGACUUCUAUUACAACGUGAUCAUUGCAUGGGCUCUGCGUUUCUUCUUCGCUUCUUUCACGACAAUGCUGCCUUGGACCAACUGUAACAACGAAUGGAACACGCCUUCUUGUCAACCGUUUGAAGCUAACUGGGAAGCGAUGGCUGCAAACAAUUCGAAAUCCAACGAAACAUCCGACACCUUGGCAUCAGCGCAGCCUUUUACUUCGGCGGCAUCGGAGUAUUUCAAUCGGGCCAUCCUCGAAUUGCAAGGCAGCGAAGGAUUACACGACUUGGGCGCGAUCAAAUGGGACAUGGCCCUGUGCUUGCUAGCAGUCUACAUCAUCUGCUACUUCUCUCUUUGGAAAGGCAUCAGCACUUCUGGCAAAGUGGUUUGGUUCACGGCUUUGUUUCCUUACGCCGUCCUGCUGAUUCUGCUGGUCCGCGGAAUCACCCUACCGGGGUCGGCGACCGGCAUUCAGUACUAUCUCAGCCCCAACUUCGAAGCAAUCACACAGCCGCAGGUUUGGGUCGACGCAGCUACUCAAGUGUUCUUUUCUUUGGGUCCCGGAUUUGGAGUGCUCCUGGCUUAUGCGUCCUACAAUAAGUACCACAACAACGUUUACAAGGACGCGCUGCUGACGAGUGUUAUCAAUUCGUGCACAUCGUUCGUGGCCGGCUUCGUGAUAUUCAGCGUGCUGGGCUACAUGGCGCACGCGUCGGGCAAGGACGUGAAGGACGUGGCCACUGAGGGCCCCGGGCUGGUGUUUGUGGUGUACCCUGCGGCGAUAGCCACCAUGCCUGGGUCCACUUUCUGGGCCCUUAUCUUCUUCAUGAUGCUGCUCACCCUGGGACUCGAUAGCUCGUUCGGCGGUUCGGAAGCGAUAAUAACGGCCCUCAGUGACGAAUUCCCACCGAUCGGCCGCCAUCGUGAGAUAUUUGUCGCGUGCCUCUUCACCCUGUACUUCUUCGUGGGCCUGGCGUCGUGCACCAAGGGCGGGUUCUACUUCUUCCAACUGCUGGACCGGUACGCUGCGGGCUAUUCCAUGCUCGUGGCGGUAUUCUUCGAGGCGAUCGCUGUUUCCUGGAUAUAUGGCACGGAGCGCUUCUGCGAGGACAUCCGCGACAUGAUCGGCUUCCGGCCGGGCGUGUACUGGCGCGUGUGCUGGCGCUUCGCGGCGCCCGCCUUCCUGCUCUUCAUCACGGCCUACGGGCUGCUCGACUACCAGCCGCUCGCGUACGAGGGCUACGUCUACCCCGGCUGGGCCAACGCGCUCGGCUGGGCGAUAGCGGGCUCCAGCGUCGUCUGCAUACCGGCGGUCGCCGUGUUCAAGAUCGUCACCACCAAAGGCAGCUUCUUGGAGCGUCUCCGUAUCCUGACCACACCGCUGGCCGACACCGAACGUGACGCGGCGCGGAAUGGCGUCGUCGUCUCCGAGAGCGGCGGGGUAAGGCUCGCGUCCACCGCCGCCACCCCCACCGCCCCCACUCCCCCUGACGCCCCGCUGGCGCCCGGCCCAGCGCUCGUC